CAUCGCACAUCUUGUCAGAUUUUUAAGGCCGUGACGCACUGAAAGCGGAGAGUCAAUGUGAGCGAGUAAGGGGAGGAGGAGGAGAAGCAGAAAGAGUUGGUGCGGAGAUCGAUGAAGUGGCAGGCAGAGGGAACGAGGAGGAGGAGGAAGAAAAUCUCACGAGAUAAUGAAAGAAAGACGGAGAGCUGCUAGUGUAGGAGCAAAAACCCCGAGCUACUGUAGAUACUGCGAAACACAAGGACCAAGGACGAACAGGACUAAAAGAGAUAACGGAUCUUUUCUCUUUUUAACGUAUUGGUUUGGGCUUUUUGUGCGCUCGCUCUGGGGUACGGUGAAUGUAUCACCCCGGGGCGCAGCGCGGACCAAUUGUCGUGAAUCUGCAGGGCUGCUCCGCGACACAAUCGGAGAGAUGCACAGGACGGACACCAGCCGAGGACGCGCUCUGAGAACGGGAGAAUAAAGGCACAAAAGCGAGGCUUCUGCCGAGGAGCACUGAGCUGAGCACCAAAGACACAAUAAAACAGCACACGCACAAGUAAAGAAGACAAAAACAUCGCACCUGCCCUAGUGAACCUGUUUACGCGGAGUUUGGAGGAGUUUGAAGACAGUACUUAACGUUAUCAGAUAAUUAAUUAGACACCCCAUAAGCCCGGAAAUCAAUUAAUUCACCAAUCAAUAAAUCCAUAGUCUGGUGUAACAAGAGAGCUUCCAGACUGUUUAGCGUGGCGGCUCGACAACAAUAACAAGACAAGAGGGCACCAAUUUGAAGAAUCUGUUUUCGGCAGCACCAUGGAUGCGAUAGGGGAGAUGUCGUUGCACAGCCACCCAGAGCUGGCGCACAGUCAGCACGGCCGAUCCAUGCUGCACUCUCGCGAUCUCUCUGCUGCGUUCCCCAGGCCCUCCCUCGGGGGUCCCACCAUGUCCCUGGAGCCUGAUCCCCGUCCCCCAACCUUUGACCACUCCAUGUCAGCUCUGGGUUACAGUGGAGAUUCCCCUUCAAGUGCGGGCACCACCUACACCACUCUGACGCCCUUGCAGCCAUUUGAUGAUAAGUUCCACCAUCAUCACCACCACCCAUGCCUGCCUGUGAGCAAUGUUAUCGGCAGCUUUACUCUCAUGAGGGAAGACAGGGGGCUGGGAGGCAACUUCUACAACCCCUAUGGCAAGGAUUUGGCAAUGUCCCAAAGUCUGUCACCUCCUUCCGGCAACACCUCCAUGCAGGGGUAUGGGGCCCUUGGCAACACUUCCAACACCAACCAAAUGAUCCACGGCGGGUAUGAUGUCCAUGGAGGAAACAUCUUCUGCCGGACUUCCGAUUUCGCCCGAGAGAUGUCGCCCCCGGGCCUAGGAGACGCCUCUCAUCAACUCAACAAAAUGGAUGCCCACCAGCACCCUGCCAGUCACCACCACCCGCACCUUUACAGCCAGCACUACCAGCCGCACCACCACCCCAGCAGCCAGCAGACCACCGCCAAGAUGGAGCACCCCACGUCCUCCCCGGUUGAGGGCAUGCUUUCCGGGUCGCAGGGAGGUGCAGGAGCCAGUGGUGGUGGCGGUGAAGAGAUCAACACCCGAGACGUGGCCCAGAGGAUCAUCACGGAGCUGAAGAGGUACAGCAUCCCUCAGGCUAUCUUCGCUGAGAGGGUUUUGUGUCGGUCGCAGGGCACUCUGUCUGACCUCCUGAGGAACCCCAAGCCCUGGGCAAGCUCAAGUACGGGCCGCGAGACCUUCAAGAGGAGGUCCCGCUGGCUGCAGGAACCCGAGUUUCAAAGGAUGGCCUCGCUCCGGCUGGAGGCCUGCAAAAGGAAGGAGCAGGAGCAGAGCAAGAUGGAGCGUAAUCAGGGCCCCAAGCGAACCCGGCUGGUGUUCACCGACUUGCAGAGGCGCACCCUCAUGGCUAUCUUCAGGGAGAACCAUCGUCCAACCAAGGAGCUGCAGGUCACCAUCUCCCAGCAGCUAGGCCUCGAGUUGUCCACAGUCAGCAACUUCUUCAUGAAUGCCCGCCGACGCAUCAACAAGUGGGCAGACGAGGGCCGUCCAUCCUCCACGGGGUCCUCAGGGUCCAGCGUUUCCUCCUCCGCGGUGUCCUGCAGCACAGCGUGA